GCCUUUUCCAUCAGGAUCAUGUGAUAAUCCGGAGCUCUCCACUCCACCUGCCUGCAUCCUGAUCGCAGCUUGUUCGCCACCACCGCUUGUGUUGGAGCACUGCCAGCCCGUAUCUCAGUAAUUCCCAAUCAGACUGACCACUGCCGAUUUUGGAAUGGAGGUGGACCUCAGUGGCAUUUCCAGGGCAGUCUUGCCUGUCCUCCCUGCUCCUGCCGUUGAAGUGAGCUCUCCGGGCAAAACAGAGCCAGAGAAACCGCGUAGCUCCAGCACCCCGUGCUCGCCAGUCAAGCGGACUGCGUCAAGCUACCAGAUUCUUCACAUGGACACCAACUACUUGGUUGGAUUUGCCACCGGUGGUGAACUUUUAAAAUUGGCCCAAAGGUGGUCGAGUAGUGAUGGGGGUGCUGCUGACGUUGUGCCCAAGCAGCAGGAAGUAGGGCUGACUAGAAACUCGCGUGUCUGUAGAACCAAGAACCGGUAUUACCAGCCGUACGAGAUCCCAGCUGCAAAUGGACGAAGGCGGCGGCGAAUGCCAAGCUCGGGGGAACGUACCAUCAAGUCAUUGUCCUUUGAACCUAACAGAUGUCUACGUGGCCCCUUGCCAGUUUGCCUCAUUAAAGGGAAAAGAGCCCAGUCAAAAUCCUUAGAUUACCUAAACCUUGAUAAAAUGAAUAUUAAGGAGCCUGCAGACACGGAAGUGCUGCAGUACCAGCUACAACAUCUCACGCUUAGAGGGGAGCGUGUAUUCAGCAGAAAUAAAACUUGAAAAGAAACGUAUUGCUUUAUUCAAUCUGCACAAGAAAUAAUACUGGGCUUGCAGAAGUCCAGUGAUGUAUUUGCCUGAAAUUCAUCGUGACUGAUGGGAGUAGUCGAACUGAAAAAAAAUUGACAGUAGAUAUUUAAGUUUUCUUGAAGGAACAUUGAUUCUAUUCAAACCAUGCACUGGGCUGCAAAAUCAGUGCUCUGUGGUAGAAUUAAUGUGGGUUAGAUAGUGUGGGUGGCCAAUGUUAUGUUGCAGAAAGAUUAGAAGCAGUGUACUCCAUUGUUACUGGUAAAUGGUUAAAAUGGUCUUCUGUUGUUGUUCUGGCAGUAAUAUGGAUGGCUGAGGUACUGCUGCACUGUUAUUCUGUAGCAAUAAUAACCAAUUGUCAGCAUUGUCUUCUGUUAACAUUUCUGCCUUUUCAUUUAGUUAGUUUAUGAGCUGAUACACUUCUAUUGGAAGGCAAAGAUAUAUUAUCUAAUUAAAUAAAUGUAGCUGUUUCAGUCCAAUCCAGCAGGAAGCAAAUCUAUUUUAAAUUUACUAUAUUUUGCAUUUAUAUAAAGGUUCAACUUAUUCUUGACCACCAUUUUAAGCCAGUAAAUCUUUGGUCUGUUUUAGAAGAUGAUGAAUUGCUGAGAGUUAAGUUCUUAACUGCCCAUUUAUGUUGCAGUGUGCUUUAGAGUCAAGGUGAGAUUUUGACUACAAUCAUCUUUACUUGACCUACAUAUAUUAACCCAGAUGCUUCAUGAACUAGCUUUUUCAAAUAUUAAAAAAAAGACAAAUAUACAAAUUAUUUGUUUGGUUGGCAGGCCGGCUUUAACUUUGUAUUUCCACAACUGAAUCAGUGAACAAGGGAAAUGUUUUAGCAGAAUGUUUUGUCUUUCUAAUUUAAUAUUUAAUGUAAUGAUUAUAGAUAUUAAUAUGUUAAAAAUAUAAAUGUUUUUCAAUAUUUGUUGGUUUUGUAGUCGGUCUGCAUUGCCCAACUGACCUUGAGCAAUGCAAAGCUUCCUAUGAUAUUCAUUGGCAUUAAUCUUCAAUGUUGCAUCAAGUUUCCAAGUGCUGAAGGACUUCACAAAAGUAACUAACUUAAUCCUUUCUCAGUUGGCUACUUCAUUUUGAUUUUGUUAUUUCACAAGAAUAGUGUAAUUAAUUUGGCAGAAGGUGUUUUUUUUAAUGAUAAACUGCAGCUGGUCAGUCUUUCCCAUCCAUCUUGCAAUGAUACCUUGUGUUAAAAAUCUUUUACUUGAAUCCUGUGUAAUUAACUCCAGCUUAUUCCUCCUUCCGUCUACACCACAGAAAAUGCAUAAACUGGAAUGGAUGAGGUGGUCUUCUAUGAUUGGCUGGAAAUCCUGCGAAGUUAUUGACACGUUUUUAGUAGAUUGAAUAUUCAGAUUGUAUUAAAGCUUUAGAACAAUUAAAUCACUAAAAUUAAUGUUCUUUUCAAUUUUUCCAAACAACUUAAAAUUUUGGAAGCAAAUCUCUGUACCGAAACUGCAUUUAGUCAGCUGCUUGAAAUUUGCAUAUUGUUUUAACUUUUAAUACUGUUACCUAAGCUUUUCUCCUUUAUCUGACGUGUUUAAACUUAUACUCGUAAGUCAGUGAUUGGUUUCACAUCUUCCAUUUCACAUGGCCCGCUGUAUUUUGCCAAAGUCCACUUCUCUGUGUUUCUUUUUGAAAAGAUUUUGACGAUUUUGUUAACUUUUCUUCAGAGCUGCCUAGAGCAAUUAGGCUCAGCUGUGAUGAUUUAGCAAUAAAGUAUGAUACCUGUUACUGGGAACUGAUCUAAAUGAUGACUGAAACUAUUCUAGUUCCCUGUGAUGGCUCUUAAUGCUUCAUCCCAAAUUCUGGGAUGGUGUGAUUUUAUUUUUUUGAAAUACAGAGCAGUAACUAUGGAAACAAGUAAUGAACUCCUUACAUACCCUCUGUCCUCUAGUUUUUGGGAUAGACGUAGGAUCUGGUGGCAAAUAUCGCAGCUGGAAAGAAAUAAUGAUUUCUAAAAUGUAUAUUUGUAUUGACAGCCUGUUGCAACUCAGAAUAAAAUUCUAAUUGGGUGUUUGAAACAACUGUAAGUACGACAAUAAUGUCAGUAUAAAUUCAAAUUUCCCAGUUUGAACUGCUAACAAGCUCCUCGCAAAGCCUCAAUGGAUAAUCUGUGCAAAUAAAUCACUAUUUGUGAUUUUAAAGAAGGAGUUCUUUUGACUCUAAAAAGAUGAUCACAUUCCUUUUGUAUUGCUUUCUUUAAAUUAAGUAAAGAGAUUUUCUUUCAUUUACCAGUCUAGGCUUUAUGGCAGUAUGUGAAAGAUAAUUACUUAUUGCCAAUAAAAAAAAUCUUUUCUAAAUUAUUCUGGUUGAUUGCAGAAUUAAUUUUAUUGAUCCCAUAUUACUGAAUUGCAUUGUAAGUUUGCAAUCAAUGGCAAUAUUUUCCUUCAUUCAAAUAGUACAGACAAUGAGGGAAAAUGGCAUACAACCACUCUAUUACUAAUUGUGAAUUGCCCUUGAACACAUGACCUUGCUGUGGCAUGUCAGAAGGCACUUGAGAGUUGCUAUGAGCAACACAGAGGCCAGACUUGGCGAGGACAGCAGAUUUCCUUUCCUCAGGGGUUUCUCUAAACUGGUAACAUUUUCAAGGCAGUGAUGUAGUUCCGCAGUCUGUAUUUUGGUUCAGGUUUCCUUUUAGUUUGGACAUUUUAAUUAGCUGAAUUUGUGAUCUCUCAGUUAUCAGAAUCAGGCUUAAUAUCACCUGCAUAUGUCGUGAAAUUUGUUGUGAUGUGUUGUUGCAAUAGAGGUUGUGCAUCUUUGAUUGUGGCACCGUAGUGCAGCGGUGAGCGUAACACUUCACAUCGCCAGUGAUCCGGGUUCAAUUCCUGCCAUUGUUUGUAAGGAUGUAUGUUCUUACUGUGACCACUUGGGUUUUCUCUGGGUGCUCUGGUUUCCUCCCAUGUUACAAAGAUGUACAGGUUAGUAGUUUGUUGGGCCAGAAGGCUCUGUCACCCUACUUAAUCUUUAAAUUAAAAAAAGUACUAUUACACAGUAACAUUAUACCAGCUUUUGAAGUGAGAUAGAACCAUACAAUGUGGUAUUGUGAGACUGUCUUCUAAGGUUAAAUUAUCUGCAUAAAAGUAAUAUUCAUGCAACAAAAUUGAAUCCUUAAAAUCAUAUUUAAUUUUUUUUUUAAAAAGCAACUUCCAUACUAUCUUCUGGAGAACACAGCACUUAAAAAUCUUUUACAACUUUUUCUUUUUAACCUGAACUGUCAUGGGCCUUGACCAUGGGGUAUUGAAACCUUGUUUUAAAUGAAUUUAUUAAUACAGACACUUUCAAAACUGUAUACUGACAUUUCAGUCAUUGAAUUGAACAAUAAAUUUGGAUGUAAUGUGACUUAGUUGUUUAUGCUUCUGCCCAUACUAUCUGUUAUUCUUUUAAAGUGAACAAACAGGUAUUAGAUAAGCUCUAUUUGUCACAACCUAUAGUAAAUACUGUAUCCUAAAAAUGACUCGUAAUGCUUAUAUUUUAGUUCCUUAUUGAAGGCUUCUCUGUGCAGUUUAACAAAUUUUGAAAGUAAUGCUAAAGAAAGUUUGUGGCCCUAGUAUUAAGUCAGUUUCCAACAGCUCUUGAAAUUUUUAUUUUGCAGUGCACGGAUUCCUGGACAUGUUGCUUUUCCCUCAGCAGCGGCACAGGGAAAUUCCAGUUCAUGCUAGCCUUCAGAAGGGAAUUUGAAUCAUUUGUUUAGUUCUCCAAUGCAAUUGCAAGAAGACUAGUCUUGGCUUUAGGAGGCUGUUUUAAUGCCUAUUAUAAAAGCAACUCCCAAGUUUUGAGUGACAUCAAGAUGUUUAGAGCUGGAUAACUAGCUUAGUGUGAGGAGUUUUGAAACCAACGAUGUGCUUGGAUGGUCCAGCUGCCUGAAGUUGCAUUUAUAAAUGCAAGAGAUCCUACAGAUGCUGGAAAUCCGGAGCACCGCACGCACAAAAUAUUGGAGGAACUCAUCGGGUCAGGCAACUAAUAUGGAAAUGAAUAAACAGUUGACGUUUCAGGCUGAGACCUUUCAUCGGGGCCUGAUGAAGGGUAUUGGCUGGAGACGCUGACUGUUUAUUCGUUUCCAUAGAUGCUGCCUGGCCUGCUGAGUCCCUCCAGUAUUUUUGUGUGAGUGGUGCUCUGAUGUGACAUCAGCCAGAUGACUUCCACCUCCCUUUAGGAAGUUUUCCUGCAAAGUGGUGAGGAUAUUAUUGAAUAUUCUCAUCAUAAAGUAUUUUUGGGGGGGCUGGAAAUAUUGUUUGAAGUUGUUGGAAAAUGACAGUGGUCAUUCACGUCAUCAGGACACAUAGAAUCCACUGUAUCCACAGCAACGUCAGGUCACAUGUUGGACAAUUUGCUGAAUGUAUUUUGAGAAAUGAAGAGCAGAUUCUGUAACUAGCCAUUAUAUAUUAACUAAAAUCAUUGUGGAUGUGACUUCCUUUGCUUGCUUUUGACUGCAUCAUUUCAAAGCUAUAACAAAAAAAGUGCUAGAUCAGUCGCAUGUAUCUCAAAGUAAAUUAAAUGAUUAAUCUUUGAUCUAGGAAUGUUCUUGACAAUUACUAUUGUGGUUGAUGCAUUAUCCUGAAAUUGCCCUUUACAAAGAUAAAACUGGGAAUUGUUAAAUGUGGUUGAGCUGACGAGUUUGUUUUUAUGUGAGAAGCUAGUAUUUUAUAAAAUAAGCUGAUUUCAUGACCUGCUUUUAAAUGUUCAUGGUCCAGUGAAUCUAGUUUAUUGUACCGUACGGUAUAGCUUUAAUCUCAAAUAGAUGAUUUUACAAUGUUUGAGGCUACAUAUCUUGCUGCUGUCUAAGCUUAGAAUGUACAAUAGAUCUGCAAUUAUGUAUACGCACAUAAUCUACCAAUAAUUAGGAAUGAAUUGUGCCUUCUGGAUACAGGGUGCACUUACUGCAAAUGUAAUCUUUACGUGCUUUCUCCCUUCCCACAAAUUGGAGCUGCUGCUCGUCACAACUCCAUUUAAAAGUUUUAAUUAUUCUCACAAACAGGGUUAGUUAAUCAAACAAUACUUGUCCCAAGUAUAUUAAAAUGCAAUAGAAUUUCAAUUUUCACCAACACACCAUAAAACAGGAACAAAUUAGCCCAUUCGCCCAAUGUAGUUUGCUCCACCAUUCCACCAUGGCUGAUUUAUUAUCCCUGUCAACACCAUUUCCUGCCUCUCUCUCCCCAACCCCGGAACCAUUGACACUCUUAAUAAUCCUAUCAACUUCUGCUUUAAAUAUACCCAAUGAUUUGGCCUCCACAUCCAUCUGUAGCAAUGAAUUCCAUGAAUUCACCACCUUCUGGCUGAAGAAAUUCCUCUUCAUCCCUAUUCUAAAGGGACAUCUAUCUAUUCUGAGGCUGUGCCCUCUGGUCAGAGACUUCACACUACAGAAAACUUCCACUCCAUCUCAUCAUUCCAAUAUUGUAUAGGUUUCAGUGAUACUCUCCCCUCCCCACCCCUCAAACUCCAGGCCCGGAGCCAUCAAAUGCUUCUCAGAUAUUAACCCUUUCAUCCUCGUGAGCCUUCUCUAAAUCUCUCUGAUGCCAGCUCAUCUUUUCUUAGAUACGGGCCAAAAACUUUUAGUCUGUGGAAUCCCCUUUCCAUUAAUGCAAGAAACUAAUACACAGGCGUAAGGGAAUUUUAAAAAUAUUAGAGUGGAAGUCGGAGUAGUGCGGCAGAGAAACAGACCCUGUGUUUCUGAUCGACCUGCAUCCAGACUAUGGCCCUCCAUACCCCUCUCAAACAGGUACCUAUCUGAAUUUCUCUUAAAUGUUACAAUUGAACCUGUAUUUACUGCUUCCAGUGGCAGCUUGCUCCAUACCUCCAUCUCCCUCUGAGUGAAGAAGUUCCCCUUGUAUAUUCUGUGGGUCAAUUUAUUUCUUUGUACUGCCUUUUUUCAGAUGUAUCCAUGCUGGAUUUAGAUUGCUACAUUUUAAGAUAGUAACAUCUACACUACAACCUGGCUUAUAAUCCAAGGGUAACUCCUCUACUAGGUUACAGUAAAUUAGCUGGAUUUGGAACUCUCAUCUACACUUUUCUGUAUGUUGUCACUGGUAAUACAGAAGAGCAGGCCUAGAUCACUCAACCCUUCAAACCUGUCCUGCCAUUAAACAUGAAUGUAGUUGAUCCUCUAUCUUGGUGAGUUUCUGUACGUAGAACAUAGAACAGUACAGGCCUUUGGCCCAUGAUGCUGUGCGGAUCUUUUAACCAACUCAAAGAUGAAUCUAUCCCUCCUGUCUUAAAUAACCCUCAAUUUUGCGAUCAUCCAUGUGCCCAUUAAGCAAUUCUUAAAUGCCCCUACUGUAUCUAACUCUAUCAUGACUUUCAGCAGGGUGUUCCAUUCACCCACCAUUCCCUGUCCGACGAAUGUGCCUCUGCUGUCACCCCCUAUACUUCCCCCCAAUGUCCUUAAAAUUAUGCUCCGCUGCAUAGGCCAUUUCCACCCUGGCUGUCCACUCAAUCUACACCCCUUAUCAUCUUGUACACCUCUUUCAAAUUGUUUUCAUCCUCCUUCGCUCCAAAGAGAAAAGCCCUAACUCGCUCUGCCUACCUUCAUAUGACAUGCUCUCUAGUCCAGGCAGCACCCUGGUAAAUCUCCUCUGCGCCCUCUCUAAAGCUUCCACAUCCUUCCUAUAAUGAGGUGACCCGAAUGGAACAUGAUAUUCCAAGUAUCUCUGGGAUAUCUUUGUUGACCAGAAACCUUGCAAGAGGUUCUAUCUAAUCUGACCUGUGGUUAUUUGGUUGUGCAAUUGAGUCAUUUUAGAAUUUAUUAAUGGGAUAGAAGUACUAUGCUUGAUUAUACAUUCAUGUAACCAGGGAUAAUCCUUUUUUAGUGCAAUUCAACUUGUGUAAUAAUAAGUGCACGUUAAGCCAGGAAGUAUUUGGAUAUUAUUUAUUUUUUACAUUUUUUAUUGAGUUUAAUAUAUUGUCUUCAGCAAAUUAUGAAUGAAAUGCAUAAAAUGAUACUGCUUAUAAUCAAUAAAAAAAGUUU